AUGAGUGAAACAUUAUUUGAAACAUAUUUUUGUCACACUUUAAUUUUAAAAUUUUAACGUGACAAAUCGAAUUUUUUUACAUAUUAAAGUAAGAAACUUUUCACCAUAAUGAAGACUGGAAAUGUUGUCGGGCUGUGCAUAGCGCUAGUGUUGUUAUUGUGUAUUCCAACAAAAGCUGAUUUCGAAAAUGAUGUCCUUAAUCUUCAUAAUAAGUACAGGGCAAAGCAUGGUUGUCCCAAUCUCGAUCUCGAUUCCGCUUUUUCCGAAGAAUGUAAGAAAUAUGCCGAAGAAAUUGCCGGAAAAGAUUCCAUGGAUCAUUCAAGUGGACCAUAUGGUGAAAAUCUUUGCUACACAACAGAGGACCCGACAACGUGUGUCAAAAUGUGGUACGACGAAAUCAAAGAUUACGACUAUGGCAAAGCCAAGUAUUCGCCCGCAACCGGGCAUUUCACACAAGUAAUUUGGAAGUCUAGCAAAGUGUUAGGCGUUGGCCAAGCCAAGAGCGCAACUGGAAAAAAUUAUGUUGUCGCUAGAUACAAGCCCGCCGGCAAUGUAGAGGGAAUGUUCAAGGAGAAUGUGCCAAAGGCAAACGGUCCUGAGCACAGACUGAAAACUUCUAAAUAUAUAUUCCUAUUUUCAUGGUUAUUUCCAGCAUUGGUGUUAGUAGAAGAAGUUUUGGCGCUGUGGAUGACAGAGCUUUUAUUGUUGUGUAAAUCAGUUAAAUCGGAUUUUGAGAAUGAGUUUCUACUCGAGCAUAAUAAAUAUCGGGCUAAUCACGGCUGUCCCAAGCUCCUGCUAGACCCUACAUUAAGCGAGGAGUGUAAAAAGUAUGCUGAAUUGCUUGUCGAAAAAGAUAGUCUAGAACACUCAAAAGGUGACUAUGGUGAAAAUCUCUGCUACACGACAAAAAAUCCACUGACAUGUGUGAAAAUGUGGUACGAUGAAAUCAAGGAUUACAAAUAUGGGUCUCCUGGAUUCUCAUUAUUAACUGGGCAUUUUACUCAAUUAAUUUGGAAAUCAAGCACAACUAUGGGUGUUGGCCAGAGUAGUGGUAAUCGUAAGAACUUCGUUGUCGCCAGAUAUAGGCCUAGUGGCAAUGUGGCGGGUCAGUUUAAGGAGAAUGUCCCGGAGCCAAAAAACAAUUUCAGCCCAGACUGCAAGACAGACUGGUUUAUAUAUUUUAUACCAUUUGCUUGGGUAUUUUUAAUCUGGUUUUCAUAGGCCUGGAGAAAUUUUGGCAGACAAAGAAACUGUGCACGCGGAUGCAACACCUAUUUGCAGAUAUGUGAGGAGAAAAGUGAAGCUCCAAAUUGAAGAGCUUGCGAGGUUAUUUUGUGUUGUGCCUUGCAAAAAAGAUGGCGUAGAAUGUUCUGAAACAAAUGGAAAAUAUGGCGAAAAUAUAAAAUUUAUCUCAUCAGAAACUCCAAAAGAUGCUGUAUCACAUUGGUAUUUGGAAAUAUUACUUUACGACUUGAAAAGCGCAAAUAUUCCAACGUCGCCAGGCUUUUUUCGCAACAGAUUUGGAAAUUGUCCCAAUUGUUAUCCGGCAGAAAAUGUACCGCUUGCUGCUUGAGUAUUCCCCAGACGUUGCGACUGACCUGCAUCUUAAUCGAUUUCAUCGGCAGGUUUCAAUCCAAACCCAGUUCAGAUUAUCGGGCAUACUACGGUAUAUACUAUAUGGAAUACCAUACGUAUUAUUUGUUAUUCGGUUGUAGAGAACGAUAAAUACGAUAUAAAAUUAAAAUUAUUUGAAACCAGA